AUGAUGACCGCUAAUGUGGAAACCGAGUGGCAACUCUCAAAGAGCGGCAUUCUCGAGGCUGCCCCCGACUGCUGCGCAUUUAAACGAGUUGCCCUGACGUAUGCAGGUCAGGAAAGUUCUUCCCGGUGGACACGAGAGGUGCAACUGGCAGUUAAAGAGAAAAAAGCAGCGAAAGCAGCGUUCAAGAAACGGCUUGAAAACAAGGAGCCAUCCACAUGCUGCGAUAUGUCAAGGCACGCAAGGCGGCAGCCACUGCAGUGGCAAAAGCCAAGGCUGAUUCUUGGGAAAAGUUCGGUGAGGCCACACGGCAAACAAAGUAUUCUGGCAGACCAUCCGCCGACUCCGAGGUGA